CCACGCCCACGUCCGCCCCGCCCCCAGGGGUGGUCUUUGCCCGCUAUGGGCACACCUGGCGGGAGCAGCGGCGCUUCUCCGUGUCCACCCUGCGCAACUUCGGCCUGGGCAAGAAGUCCCUGGAGCAGUGGGUGACCCAGGAGGCCUCGUACCUCUGUGCCGUCUUCGCCGACCAGGGUGGAAGGCCCUUUAGCCCCGACGCCCUCCUGAAUAAAGCGGUGAGCAACGUGAUCGCCUCCCUGACCUUCGGGCGCCGCUUUGACUACAACGACCCGCGCUUCCUUGAGAUAUUGGACCUGACAGAGGACAUACUGAAAGAGCAGUCAGGCUUCCUGCCCCAGGUGCUGAACGCGAUCCCCAUGCUCCUGCACAUCCCGGGGCUGGUCGCCAAGGUCUUUCCUGGGCAGAGGGCCUUCAUGGCCCAGUUGGAUGAGCUGGUUGCUGAGCGCAGGAUGACCCGGGACCCGGCCCAGCCUCCUCGAGACCUGACUGACGCCUUCCUGGACGAGGUGCAGAAGGCCAAGGGGAACCCGGAGAGCAGCUUCAAUGAUGACAACCUGCGCCUGGUGGUGUCUGACCUGUUCGCCGCUGGGAUGGUGACCACCUCAACAGCGCUGGCCUGGGCCCUCCUGCUCAUGAUCCUGCACCCGGAUGUGCAGCGCCGUGUCCAACAGGAGAUCGAUGAGGUGAUAGGGCAGACGCGGCGACCAGAGAUGGGGGACCAGGCCCACAUGCCCUUCACCGUGGCCGUGGUCCACGAGGUUCAGCGCUUUGGGGACAUCGCCCCACUGGGCGCGCCCCACAUGACGUCCCGUGACAUUGAAGUGCAGGGCUUCCUCAUUCCCAAGGGUUCAGGGAGUCAUCUACCCCAGACCCCACUCAUGCCAGGCAUCUCCUGCCAGGGGACCACG